AUAGGAUUGCUCCAUAUGCUCGCACUACAUGGUCACUUCGCCUCACCAGGGCCACAGAUUCAUUUUUAAAUGUAUCUGCUGCUACUUCUGACCUUGACCCUGUUCCCGUUGGUCAUGUGGUGCCAAAGGACAGUCAGAGCUUCAUGGAACCUGGAGGGUGGGCGGAGGAGCCUGAAGGCUGACCUCAAAAACGGCUCUAACGAUUUUCCUAGAAAUUUAACAGAUGGUUCCUGCUUGAUUUCCAACAUGAAAGUCUUCAAAAAUAAUGUAGUAUUUACAUUGCCCGGAUUAUCCAGAUGUACCAAACAUAUAUGUAGAAAUGGGAAAAUAGAAGUUUAUGAACACGCUUGUGAUUUCGAGGGUCAGUGCUACCUGGCCAACUCAACAUUUCAAUUAAGAUGUAUAGUCUACAAGUGCAUGGUACAAAUGAUGCCCCUGGCAAGGCGCACUCAAGUAGCGCUCUUAGAAAAUAACUGCCUAGAUAUGUUUGGACAAUGUCACAAGCCGGGAGCAAGGUUUCCAGUACAUAAAGAUGGAAUCACCUAUGGGAGCUGUACCUGUAAGACAGAUCUAACCGGAAACAGAAUCAACGUUUGCAAAAAGUUGAAGAGAAUCUACAUCUUAGGCCGAACCCCCGCAGGACGACGGGGGAUGGGAGCGGGCAAGGUAUGAAUCCGUGACAGUAGAGACGACCGAACGACAGUCCAGCACACCUACCACACGACCAGACAGCCGUCCAGCAAUACAGUAAUCAAAGAAAUUUCACAUCAAUGUGUUAAUUUGCUCGGAUACCAGAAGUAGAAUGUAGAAUAUGCAAUGAUUUAAGUCAAAUAAUUUAAUAGUUUGAAACAUUUAAAUUUGAAAUUUGUAUAGUCAACAUUUUUUUUCCUAUUACAAGAGCCCGUUUGGUUGUGGGCCCGGGUGCUAAGAACCCCUUCUCGCUAUGGUUGCUACGCCACUGAUCUAGAUGUAACAUUUUGAUUAUUAUUCAAUAUUUAUAUUAUAUAAUAAUAGGCCUAUAAUAAAAAUGAGAUCCAAUAAUCGAGACAUUUUCCCCCAGAGCUAGAUGACUUUUAAACAAAAUUGUUGAUAAUAAUAAAAUAAUAAUUUGUAGCUGUAAAUUUGUUAUGCCCAUUUAUUUAUGUAUUUUGAGUAGGCCCUGGGCGAAUAUGUCCUACUGUUUUAUUCCUCUUCGAAUUCAAAUCUAUGAUCAUCAGACAUUAUGAUGUUGAUCAGUGUUUCAUUAUAUCUAUUAGUUUGUUGUUUAAUUUGCAUGCGUCUCCGAGGAGAUGGACCUUUAGCCUAAUAGAAGGCUACAUGCACUUAUGCCAAUUUCCUAUACCAAAUCUAACAUACCCAUAUCUCUACAUAGGGCCCACCAAGACUAUUGUGUAUACUCACAUUUAUUCUUACAAACAUGUAGGCCUAGAUACAAACCCAUUAGCUUGUUUGUAGGUAUGAUUAAUUUCCUAAUAUUUUAGAUUUGUAUCAAUAUUUAAAAACAAAACAAAUGAUUAGACAGAUGUUAUUGAGACGUUUGCAAAUCUUUUUAAAUUGAAAAACUACUUUAGAAAAGCUCGUUGUGUUUUUUUGGUUUAAAUUUUGCUUUAUACGAGAAUUUAACCUGUUGUACAUUUUGUUGAUUUGGUUAAGGAUGGGUGCUGGGUCGUGUAUGCGUUUGGGACUUUUUGUUUUGUUUGUUUAACAUGUUUCGAAUGUUCCUUCAGAGUUGAAGAUAAUUUACUUCCUAGUCCAAACCUCCCGCAGGAUGACGGGGGAUGGGAGCGGCCAGGGUUUGAACCCGGAGCCAUCGAUAAGUCCGAACAACAGUCCAGCGCGCAAACUGCACGACCAGGCAGCCAUCCUUAACCAUACCAACUGUCAUCAAGAUAAUAAGGAGUAAGAGCCUUGUCCCCCAUGAGUCUAUGCAGUCUUGUGUGAGGUUUGGGUCAGAAUGUUAUAAUAUUCAUUUCUGAAAGAACAUUAGAUGUUUAUAAUUUUUUUGUAAUGUUAAGUGCAAGGAGUUUAGUGAGAUUUAACGUAGACCUAUUCGAUUGCCUAUUCAUUUUCUUUGAGUUUUAAAUUAUUUAAAAUUAUUAUCUUAUCUUAUCUUAAGAAAUACAAACGUUACUUCCAAAAAUAAGAUGAUUACGUCCUGCGCAUGUUCCUAGGUCAAUCAAGUCAUGCAUGUUUUAACCAAUGACCUAAAUUCUGCCAAGUCAUUUGUUUUCCAGGAUAGCUCAGGCAACCCAUUCCAUAGAGUCUGCCUUUAUCUUUGUGUCUUUCUGAGUAUUUCAUUAGGUUGACAUUAAUUGUGGAAAAGUAUAAAAUGUUGGUCAUUGUGCUGACCACACGACACGCUUGUUUACCGUGGGCCACAGAAACAGAUGACCUGUACAACAUCUGUCCCAUAGAUCGCAAGGUCUGAAAGGGGAGCUUUAUUUUUUUUUA